ACAAACUCCAAAAUUUGGGCAGCCAUUAAGUAGCCCUUGGAUGAAGCUUAAUUUGUGCAGAGAUAAGAUGAAAAUGGCAGUUUUUUAUUUGAUGCUAACUGAUUCUUGAUCCGCCAUUAGUCCACCAUUAUUCCUUCAUUGUUUUGAAUUUCAACACCUCUUUCUUCUCCUCCUUCACCACACAUUAGACCAGUAGUCCACCCCCCCCAAAUCUCUCUCUCUCUCUCUCCAAUCACUCAUUCCUUAAUCAAUUGCCAAUCUUUCUUCUGUAGAACCAAAGGGGGGAAAGGUAGAAGAAUGAAUACCUUCCACCAUCAAUAACCAUUUCCUCCAAGAAACCAUAAAGAUUCCCCAAUUGAGGCACCCAGCGUUCAUUUUUUUUUUUUUACUUCAAUCUGGAAAUAGGAACCGAAAGAUUGUGGCUUUCCCUCAUAAUAACCCUACCCAAGUUUCAAGAAAAUCUGGGCAAGUUUUGAGAUUCGGGAAGAACCAAAAAGAUUGUGGCUUUCCCGCAUAAUAACCCUACCCAAGUUUCAAGAAAAUCUGGGCAAGUCUCGAGAUUGGAUUCUGAAUGUCCCAGAUGAAGCACAUUGACGAUAUUCCCACAUCCCCGGGGAAGUUCAAGAUGGAGAAGCCUCCUUAUAAUAGGCUGAGGCUUCAAUCUUCCCUUUCCAGGCUCACCUUGUGGUCUAUCGUGUUCUUGGGUGUGAUCUACUUGCUGUUCUUCAGAUCACCGUCUUCUUCCCCGCCUGCCACGUCAGAUCUCUUCCGCCGCUCCCUCAGAACCAGCUCCUACGGCGGCGCAGCUUGGGAGAAGCGAAUUAAGGCUUCCGCCAAGGUCAGAUCAAGAAACGGCUUCACUGUUUUGGUCACCGGCGCGGCUGGGUUUGUUGGGACCCACGUCUCGGCGGCUCUUAAACGCCGCGGAGACGGCGUCGUAGGGCUUGAUUGUUUCAACGAUUACUACGAUCCCUCAUUGAAACGCGCCCGGGAAGAGCUCUUAGAGCGUGCAGGGAUUUAUAUUGUGGAAGGGGACAUUAAUGAUGUUUCUCUCUUGAAUAAGCUUUUCGAGAUUGUUCAGUUUAGCCACGUUAUGCAUUUAGCUGCACAGGCGGGUGUGAGAUAUGCAAUGCAAAAUCCAGGCUCAUAUGUGCAUAGUAACAUUGCUGGGCUUGUUAGUCUCCUAGAGGUCUGCAAGAGUGCUAAUCCUCAGCCCUCGAUCGUGUGGGCGUCUUCGAGUUCGGUCUAUGGAUUGAACACUAGGGUUCCCUUUUCAGAAUUGGAUAGAACAGACCAGCCUGCAAGUCUCUAUGCUGCAACUAAGAAGGCGGGCGAGGAAAUCGCCCAUACGUAUAAUCAUAUCUAUGGGCUUUCCUUGACUGGAUUGCGGUUUUUCACAGUUUAUGGACCGUGGGGGAGGCCGGACAUGGCUUACUUCUUUUUCACCAAGGAUAUCCUCAAAGGGAAGUCGAUUCCCAUAUUCGAGGCUCCGAAUCAUGGCACUGUGGCUCGGGAUUUCACCUACAUUGACGAUAUAGUGAAGGGGUGUUUGGCAGCGUUGGAUACUGCAGAGAAGAGUACUGGUAGUGGCGGGAAGAAGAGGGGUGCUGCUCAAUUGCGUGUGUUCAAUCUCGGGAACACAUCGCCCGUGCCUGUUUCGGACCUCGUAGGCAUUUUGGAGAGAUUGUUAAAGGUGAAGGCGAAGAGGCAAAUAAUGAAGUUGCCUAGGAACGGAGAUGUGCAGUUUACACACGCGAAUAUUAGCUUGGCGCAGAGGGAGCUUGGGUAUAAACCGACGACAGAUCUUCAGACGGGGUUGAAGAAGUUUGUACAUUGGUACCUCAAUUACUAUGGCGAUGGAAAGAAGAGUGCCCAGUGAUACAUUCUUUUGCAAAUGUGGGUAGGACCAUUCGAUUCUCGUCUCUUUUGAUUCUUAUCAUUGUUUUUGACCUAUCCUCGUUACCCUGUUAUCUUGCUUAGUAUAAUAUCUGAAUGAUGCUGUAAAAGCACCGAGCUUGUCUGAUCCCAUGAUGAAGAAAGUUUGUGGAUGAUACACGGGAUGGAUAGAUAUUGUUUUGCUUGCUUGCUGGGCAUACGUUAUGGUCUGUAUCAAAUCGAAUUCAUACCCAUUUUUGGUCCUCCUUGGAAUGUAAUCCUCUUAGCUUUAUCAUUGUAGAAUUCUUUACUAAUGGCACAAUUGCUUAUUGGACAUAAAUCAUCCUUAUAAAUUCCAAAUAAACUAGCACAUUAUAGUCCA